AUGGAAUAAAACAUUUCAAUCAAAUGUCCAAUUCAUAGAAGAGAAUUAAUAGUAACAGGAUGUAUUAAUCCUAAUUGCAAUCGUUCACCUUUAAUUUGUCAAAUGUGUCCAGAUGCUCAUUCUGAUCAUUAUUCAAAUAUAGUUCAAAUAUCUGAAUGGCUUUAAAAAGUCUCGAAGACUAUUUAAGAAGGCUCAAAAACAUUAAAAUAGAUAAGAGAUAUUAAUUAAAUUGAUUCUGUUUUAAAAUGGUGUGAAGAUAAUGAAAUGCAUCUCAAAAAGGUUGACGAACAUUGUAAAGCAUAGAAAGCCUUAAUUGGAGAAGAUUUCAAUUAUUUAAAAGAUCUUUUUAUAGAAAAAUGCAACUAAGCGUAAGCAUAACUAGAAUAAGAUAUAGAAGACUUCUAUACAAAAUAUAAGGAAUAAUUUAAAAUUUGUAAACUUAUUAUGGAUGACUCAUAUAUUUUAUAAAAGUAAUGCAAUCCUUAUAGUAAUGUUCAUAAUCUUAUUUUUAAAUUGCAGUAAUCAAAUUCAAAAGAUGCUUAAGAAUUAAUAAACUAAAUAAGAAAAUUAAUAAAUAAACCAUACGAUCCAAUAGAGAAUAUAAAGUAGUGUGCAGAAUCAAUAACAGAAAUGACAUAUAAUCUUCCAGUGUUUGCAUUUUAAGAUGGUAUAGAUAGCUUUGUAAAUUAAUUGGCUGAUUAAAUACAUAAUCAUUUUAAAACAAAACUAAACAUCACUUUACCUAGAAAAAUAGUUUCACCUAUUAAAUUUUAACCAAAAAAUCUUCAUAAAUAAUAUUCAUUACCAACUGAAAAUAUGUAAAACAAUUAUAACAGUAAUUAAAAUAUAUCAAAAUCACCUCGGUUAAACUAAAAAUUAGCAUUUUCUCCUUAGAAUAGUAUUGCUUUGCAUUCUAAGACUAUUGUAGGACAAUGUAGUGAUUUUACUUUGAAACCUUUAAAAAAAUAUUAAUUAGACUUUUGUGUAUCAGCAAUAGAAGUUGUGACACCAUAGAUAUUUGCAAUGACUUGUAGUAAUGACCCUCAUUUGAGAGUUUUUGAUACUAUAUAAAAAAGAAUUCAUACAUUAUCAACUCACACAACUCCCAUUAUACAAAUACAUAAAUCAACAGAUUAGAUUAUUCCAUUAUAGUAGAAUAAUAACUAAAAACCAUAAACGUAUUUGCUCACAUUAUCAAAUGAAUAAUUAGUAGUUUGGGCUUUUGAUUUUAGUAAUUAAUAAAUGAUAGUGCCUCAUAUCUAUCAUAAAUACUUGUUUAACAACUCAAUUACAUAGAGCUGUUAUUUAUAAGAUAAUUCCUGUAUUGUUAUUGGAGAUCAAAGUGGAACUGUGGAAGUAUAUAACUUUUAGUAAUCUAAAUUAUAAUAAAAUGGAAUUAAAGGUAAACACUAAAAAUAAAUAUCAUCUAUUCUUUUAUUAAAAAAACAUGACAAAUUUAUUUGUAGUUCUUAUGAUUAAACAUUAUCAGUAUGGAAAAUGUUAUAUAAUUAAUCAAACUUUGAAAAUACCUACUGUGAAUCAAUUAUUUAAUGUGGUAAUAUGCUUGGACAAAUUUAAAUAAUUAAUUAAUUUUAAUCAAACCCAAAUUUACUUUUGGUUGGAAAUCUAGAGGGUAUUAAAUCAUAUUAAUUAAAGGAUCUUUAAAAAUUGUAAAUUUGAUGAAUUAGUGUGUUAUAUUAGAAUCAGAUAUACAAAAAAAUACAAAUUCAAUUUGUGAUUUUAUCAUUGCUGAAGAUGCAAAUAAAGGUAUUUAAAAAAUAAUAUUAAUUAGAAACGAUAUCUGUAAUUACAUAUUUACAAUCAAGUAAAUCACUAAGAUUUUGGAGAUUACAGAAUAAUGAUAUGGGAUGGGCAUAAAAUGAACAAAAAAUUGAUGUUGCUUUAUCAUUAUCUGAGAAUAUGAUUAGAUCAAAACUCCAAUUAGUUUAAAUGCCUUCCAGUACAUAAAAUACUGUUGUUUUGAUAGCUAAUGAAAUAAACAAAGAAUUGUUAGUUUAUGAAAUUAUUAAUAAAUAGUGA